AUGGCAUCAAACACUAAAACAUUUGUGUCAGAAAUGUCUACUGUACCUAAUAAAGGAUCUCUUUCAUUUGUUACAUCAGAAGUUAUUAGCACAGUAUCUGCACUGACAUCCUUAGACACUGUGACAGAAACUACAGUAAAUUCUAAAACAUCCAAGUCAGAAAUGUCCGAAGUACCAGUUACAGGAUCUCCAUCAGCUGUUACGUCUGAAGUUAUUAGCACUGUACCUGUCACUGAAGUGACAAGAUCAGUGUCCAACACACUAUCAACCCUGGGCAUUGGUACAGAAUUUGCAGCAAUAAAUACUAAAACAAAUGUGUUAGAAUCAUCUAAUACACUAGAUAAAGGACCUCCAUCACCUGUUUCAUCUGCAGUUAUUAACACUGUAUCUGUCACUGCAUCAAACACAGUACCUAACACACUACCACUAUCAGCCAUCACUACGGAAACCAUGGCACCAAACACUAAAACAUCUGUGUCAGAAACAUCUAGUGUACCAGAAAAAGAAUCUCGAUCAGUUUUUAGCACUGUAUCUGUCACUGAAUCAAGUACAGUCUCCAACACGCUGUCAGACUUGGACACUGCUACAGAAACAACAGCAAUAAAUACUAAAACAUCUGAUUCAGAAACAUCUAGUGUGCCACAUAAAAUUUCACUAUCAUUUGGUGCAUCUCAAAUUAUUAGCACUGCAUCUGUCACUAAACCAAGCAUGGUAUCUAACACACUAUCAACCUUAGAAAUUGCUACAGACAGCACAGUUCUAAAUAUCAAAACAUCUGGGUUAGGAAUGUCUAAUUCACCAGAUAAUAGAUUUCCAUCAGCUGUUACGUCUGAAGUUAUUGGCAGUGUACCUGUCACUGAAUCAAGCACAGUAUCUAACACACUGUCAGCUUCAGUCAUCACUAUGGAAACUAAAGCAUUAUAUUCAACAGCAGUUUUAUCAGAUAUAUCUAACACAAUCAAUGUACAAUCAGCAUCAUCUACUGCAUCUGAAACUGGUACCAAAUUUGUGCCAGGAGCAAAGAGUGUGGCCAGCACAGGGUUAACCUCUGGAAUUACUUCAGAAACUACAGCACUAAGUUCUGCAGUGUCAGUGUCAGGAGCAUCUGAACUACCAGGAAUACAAUCAACACUAACUGCUACAUCUGAAGCUACAUCAAUCAAUGCAUCAACCACAGAAUCAGGCACAGGAGCUAACACACAGCCAGGUUCACUCAUCACUGCAGAAACUACAGAAUCAAAUUCUGUUGCACCUUUAUCUGAAGCAUCUAACACUCUCAAAAUAUAUUUUACAGCGAGUGUUUCAUCAGAAGAUACAUUAAGUGUUACAUCAUUCACAAAAUCAAGUGCUGGACCUGAGCCAAUGUCAGCCUCAGUUAUUGCUACAGAAACUACAGCUCUAAAUUCUACAACACUUUUGCCAGAAACAUCUAGUAUGGCAGAAAUACAAACACCCACAGCUGUCACAUCUGAAACUACAUUUAUCAGUGUACCUACAAUGACAUCAAGCACAGUAACUAACACGGUGUCACAUUCAGGAGUUACUACAGAAACUGCAUCACUAAAUUCUAUGCCAUAUUUUUCAGAGACAUCUAGAAAUCCAGAGAUAAUGUCUAACAUGGCUACCACAUCUGAAAAUAGAUACAGCAGUCUAUCUCUCACAGAGCCAAGCACAGAAUUUAACCCACUGUCCAGUAAAUUCAUGACCUCUAAAACAGCAGCCUUGCCUUCCACAAUAUAUUCAUCAGAAACAUCUAGCAUAGCAGAGGCGGUGUCCCAAUCAAAUCCUUCAUCUGAAAUUACUUUAAUACACAAAGCUACUGCAGAAUCUAAUACUGUAUCUUAUAGUGACCCAAGUUCAGGAAUGACUAUACAAGUUACAGCUCUACCUUCAUCAACACUUCUGUCAGAACCAUCUACCAUUCCAGAGAUCAUUUCACAAUCACCUAACAUAUCUGAAAUGACAGUUAACAAUAUUUCUAGCAUAGAAUCAAGCACAGAAUCUAGUAAACUGUCUACAUCUGCUAUUAUCACUGAAUCUGCUAAUCCAUAUUCUGAAAAACCUGCGUCAGAAACAUCAGGUGUAACAGAAACACCAACAGCACUGACUGCUACAUCAGAAAAUGCAUUUAAUAGCACAUCGACUGCUGAAGCAAACACAUUACCUGUCUCACUGUCAGCCUCCUUCAUUUCUACAGAACCUACAAUACUAAAUACUAAACUAUCUGUGUCUGGAACAUCUAAUGUAGCAGAUAAAGUAUCUCUAUCAUCUGUUACGUCUGAAAUUAUUAGCACAGUAUCUGUCACUGAAUCAAGCACAGUAUCUAACACAUUGACAGAGUUAGCCAUCACUACUGAAACCAUGGCAUCAAACACCAAAACAUCUGUGUCAGAAAUGUCUAAUGUACCUAAUAAAGGAUCUCUUUCAUUUGUUACAUCAGAAGUUAUUAGCACAGUAUCCGCACUGACAUCCUCAGACACCGUCACAGAAACUACAGUAAAUUCUAAAACAUCCAAGUCAGAAAUGUCCGAAGUACCAGUUACAGGAUCUCCAUCAGGUGUUACGUCUGAAGUUAUUAGCACUCUACCUGUCACUGAAGUGACAAGAUCAGUGUCCAACACACUAUCAACCCUGGGCAUUGGUACAGAAUUUGCAGCAAUAAAUACUAAAACAAAUGUGUUAGAAUCAUCUAAUACACUAGAUAAAGGACCUCCAUCACCUGUUUCAUCUGCAGUUAUUAACACUGUAUCUGUCACUGCAUCAAACACAGUACCUAACACACUACCACUAUCAGCCAUCACUAUGGAAACCAUGGCACCAAACACUAAAACAUCUGUGUCAGAAACAUCUAGUGUACCAGGAAAAGAAUCUCGAUCAGUUUUUAGCACUGUAUCUGUCACUGAAUCAAGUACAGUCUCCAACACGCUGUCAGCCUUGGACACUGCUACAGAAACAACAGCAAUAAAUACUAAAACAUCUGAUUCAGAAACAUCUAGUGUGCCACAUAAAAUUUCACUAUCAUUUGGUGCAUCUCAAAUUAUUAGCACUGCAUCUGUCACUAAACCAAGCAUGGUAUCUAACACACUAUCAACCUUAGAAAUUGCUACGGACAACACAGCUCUAAAUAUCAAAACAUCUGUGUUAGGAAUGUCUAAUUCACCAGAUAAUGGAUUUCCAUCAGCUGUUACGUCUGAAGUUAUUGGCAGUGCACCUGUUACUGAAUCAAGCACAGUAUCUAACACACUAUCAGCUUCAGUCAUCACUAUGGAAACUAAAGCAUUAUAUUCAACGGCAGUUUUAUCAGAUAUAUCUAACACAAUCAAUGUGCAAUCAGCAUCAUCUACUCCAUCUGAAACUGGUACUAAAUUUGUGCCAGGAGCAAAGAGUGUGGCCAGCACAGGGUUAACCUCUGGAAUUACUUCAGAAACUACAGCACUAAGUUCUGCAGUGUCAGUGUCAGGAGCAUCUAAACUACCAGGAAUACAAUCAACACUAACUGCUACAUCUGAAGCUACAUCAAUCAAUGCAUCAACCACAAAAUCAGGCACAGGAGCUAACACACAGCCAGGUUCACUCAUCACUGCAGAAACUACAGAAUCAAAUUCUGUUGCACCUUUAUCUGACGCAUCUAACACUCUCAAAAUAUAUUUUACAGCAAGUGUUUCAUCAGAAGAUACAUUAAGUGUUGCAUCAUUCACAAAAUCAAGUGCUGGACCUGAGCCAGUGUCAACCUCAGUUAUUGCUACUGAAACUACAGCUCUAAAUUCUACAACACUUUUGCCAGAAACAUCUAGUAUGGCAGAAAUACAAACACCCACAGCUGUCACAUCUGAAACUACAUUUAUCAGUGUACCUACAAUGACAUCAAGCACAGUAACUAACACGGUGUCACAUUCAGGAGUUACUACAGAAACUGCAUCACUAAAUUCUAUGCCACAUUUUUCAGAGACAUCUAGAAAUCCAGAGAUAAUGUCUAACAUGGCUACCACAUCUGAAGAUAGAUACAGCAGUCUAUCUCUCACAGAGCCAAGCACAGAAUUUAACCCACUGUCCAGUAAAUUCAUGACCUCUAAAACAGCAGCCUUGUCUUCCACAAUAUAUUCAUCAGAAACAUCUAGCAUAGCAGGGGCGGUGUCCCAAUCAAAUCCUUCAUCUGAAAUUACUUUAAUACACAAAGCUACUGCAGAAUCUAAUACUGUACCUUAUAGUGACCCAAGUUCAGGAAUGACUAUACAAAUUACAGCUCUACCUUCAUCAACACUUCUGUCAGAACCAUCUACCAUUCCAGAGAUCAUUUCACAAUCACCUACCAUAUCUGAAAUGACAGUUAGCAGUACUUCUGACAUAGAAUCAAGCACAGAAUCCAGUAAACUGUCUACAUCUGCUAUUAUCACUGAAUCUACUAAUCCAAAUUCUGAAAAACCUGCGUCAGAAACAUCAGGUGUAACAGAAACACCAGCAGCACUGACUGCUAGAUCAGAAAAUGCAUUUACUAGCACAUCGACUGCUGAAGCAAACACAUUACCUGUCUCACUGUCAGCCUCCUUCAUUUCUACAGAACCUACAAUACUAAAUACUAAACUAUCUAUGUCUGGAACAUCUAAUGUACCAGAUAAAGUUUCUCUAUCAUCUGUUACAUCUGAAGUUAUUAGCACAGUAUCUGUCACUGAAUCAAGCACAGUAUCUAACACAUUGACAGAGUCAGCCAUCACUACUGAAACCAUGGCAUCAAACACUAAAACAUCUGUGUCAGAAAUGUCUAAUGUACCUAAUAAAGUAUCUCUUUCAUUUGUUACAUCAGAAGUUAUUAGCACAGUAUCUGCACUGACAUCCUCAGACACUGUGACAGAAACUACAGUAAAUUCUAAAUCAUCCAAGUCAGAAAUGUCCGAAGUACCAGUUACAGGAUCUCCAUCAGGUGUUACGUCUGAAGUUAUUAGCACUGUACCUGUCACUGAAGUGACAAGAUCAGUGUCCAGCACACUAUCAACCCUGGGCACUGCUACAGAAUUUGCAGCAAUAAAUACUAAAACAAAUGUGUUAGAAUCAUCUAAUACACUAGAUAAAGAACCUCCAUCACCUGUUUCAUCUGCAGUUAUUAACACUGUAUCUGUCACUGCAUCAAACACAGUACCUAACACACUACCACUAUCAGCCAUCACUAUGGAAACCAUGGCACCAAACACUAAAACAUCUGUGUCAGAAACAUCUAGUGCACUAGAAAAAGAAUCUCGAUCAGUUUUUAGCACUGUAUCUAUCACUGAAUCAAGUACAGUCUCCAACACGCUGUCAGACUUGGACACUGCUACAGAAACAACAGCACUAAAUACUAAAACAUCUGUGUCAGAAACAUCUAGUGUGCCACAUAAAAUUUCUCUACAAUCUGGUGUAUCUAAAAGUAUUAGCACUGCAUCUGUCACUGAACCAAGCAUGGUAUCUAACACACUAUCAACCUUAAACAUUGCUACAGACAGCACAGCUCUAAAUAUCAAAACAUCUGUGUUAGGAAUGUCUAAUUCACCAGAUAAUAGAUUUCCAUCAGCUGUUACGUCUAAAGUCAUUGGCAGUGUACCUGUCACUGAAUCAAGCACAGUAUCUAACACAAUGUCAGCUUCAGUCAUCACUAUGGAAACUAAAGCAUUAUAUUCAACAGCAGUUUUAUCAGAUAUAUCUAACACAAUCAAUGUACAAUCAGCAUCAUCUACUGCAUCUGAAACUGGUACCAAAUUUGUGCCGGGAGCAAAGAGUGUGGCCAGUACAGGGUUAACAUCUGGAAUUACUUCAGAAACUACAGCACUAAGUUCUGCAGUGUCAGUGUCAGGAGCAUCUAAACUACCAGGAAUGCAAUCAACACUAACUGCUACAUCUGAAGCUACAUCAAUCAAUGCAUCAACCACAGAAUCAGGCACUGGAGCUAACACACAGCCAGGUUCACUCAUCACUGCAGAAACUACAGUAUCAAAUUCUGUUGCACCUUUAUCUGAAGCAUCUAACACUCUCAAGAUAUAUUUUACAGCAAGUGUUUCAUCAGAAGAUACAUUAACUGUUGCAUCAUUCACAAAAUCAAGUACUGAACCUGAGCCAAUGUCAGCCUCAGUUAUUGCUACUGAAACUACAGCUCUAAAUUCUACAACACUUUUGCCAGAAACAUCUAGUAUGGCAGAAAUACAAACACCCACAGCUGUCACAUCUGAAACUACAUUUAUCAGUGUAUCUACAAUGAAAUCAAGCACAGUAACUAACACGGUGUCACAUUCAGGAGUUACUACAGAAACUGCAUCACUAAAUUCUAUGCCAUAUUUUUCAGAGACAUCUAGAAAUCCAGAGAUAAUGUCUAACAUGGCUACCACAUCUGAAAAUAGAUACAGCAGUCUAUCUCUCACAGAGCGAAGCACAGAAUAUAACCCACUGUCCAGUAAAUUCAUGACCUCUAAAACAGCAGCCUUGUCUUCCACAAUAUAUUCAUCAGAAACAUCUAGCAUAGCAGGGGCGGUGUCCCAAUCAAAUCCUUCAUCUGAAAUUACUUUAAUACACAAAGCUACUGCAGAAUCUAAUACUGUACCUUAUAGUGACCCAAGUUCAGGAAUGACUAUACAAAUUACAGCUCUACCUUCAUCAACACUUCUGUCAGAACCAUCUACCAUUCCAGAGAUCAUUUCACAAUCACCUACCAUAUCUGAAAUGACAGUUAGCAGUACUUCUGACAUAGAAUCAAGCACAGAAUCCAGUAAACUGUCUACAUCUGCUAUUAUCACUGAGUCUAUUAAUCCAUAUUCUGAAAAACCUGCGUCAGAAACAUCAGGUGUAACAGAAACACCAACAGCACUGACUGCUACAUCAGAAAAUGCAUUUACUAGCACAUCGACUGCUGAAGCAAGCACAUUACCUGUCUCACUGUCAGCCUCCUUCAUUUCUACAGAACCUACAAUACUAAAUACUAAACUGUCUGUGUCUGGAACAUCUAAUGUACCAGAUAAAGUUUCUCUAUCAUCUGUUACAUCUGAAGUUAUUAGCACAGUAUCUGUCACUGAAUCAAGCACAGUAUCUAACACAUUGACAGAGUCAGCCAUCACUACUGAAACCAUGGCAUCAAACACUAAAACAUCUGUGUCAGAAAUGUCUAAUGUACCUAAUAAAGGAUCUCUUUCAUUUGUUACAUCAGAAGUUAUUAGCACAGUAUCUGCACUGACAUCCCCAGACACUGUGACAGAAACUACAGUAAAUUCUAAAUCAUCCAAGUCAGAAAUGUCCGAAGUACCAGUUACAGGAUCUCCAUCAGCUGUUACGUCUGAAGUUAUUAGCACUGUACCUGUCACUGAAGUGACAAGAUCAGUGUUCAACACACUAUCAACCCUGGACAUUGCUACAGAAUUUGCAGCACUAAAUACUAAAACAAAUGUGUUAGAAUCAUCUAAUACACUAGAUAAAGGACCUCCAUCACCUGUUUCAUCUGCAGUUAUUAACACUGUAUCUGUCACUGAAUCAAACACAGUAUCUAACAAACUACCACUAUCAGCCAUCACUACGGAAACCAUGGCACCAAACACUAAAACAUCUGUGUCAGAAACAUCUAGUGUACCAGGAAACGAAUCUCGAUCAAUUUUUAGCACUGUAUCUCUCACUGAAUCAAGUACAGUUUCCAACACGCUGUCAGUCUUGGACACUGCUACAGAAACAACAACACUAAAUACUAAAACAUCUGUGUCAGAAACAUCUAGUGUGCCACAUAAAAUUUCUUUAUCAUCUGGUGCAUCUGAAAUUAUUAGCACUGCAUCUGUCAUUGAACCAAGCAUGGUAUCUAACACACUAUCAACCUUAGAAAUUGCUACAGACAGCACAGCUCUAAAUAUCAAAACAUCUGUGUUAGGAAUGUCUAAUUCACCAGAUAAUAGAUUUCCAUCAGCUGUUACGUCUGAAGUUAUUGGCAGUGUACCUGUCACUGAAUCAAGCACAGUAUCUAACACACUGUCAGCUUCAGUCAUCACUAUGGAAACUAAAGCAUUAUAUUCAACAGCAGUUUUAUCAGAUAUAUCUAACACAAUCAAUGUACAAUCAGCAUCAUCUAUUGCAUCUGAAACUGGUACCAAAUUUGUGCUAGGAGCAAAGAGUGUGGCCAGCACAGGGUUAACCUCUGGAAUUACUUCAGAAACUACAGCACUAAGUUCUGCAGUGUCAGUGUCAGGAGCAUCUAAACUACCAGGAAUACAAUCAACACUAACUGCUACAUCUGAAGCUACAUCAAUCAAUGCAUCAACCACAGAAUCAGGCACAGGAGCUAACACACAGCCAGGUUCACUCAUCACUGCAGAAACUACAGAAUCAAAUUCUGUUGCACCUUUAUCUGAAACAUCUAACACUCUUAAAAUACACUCUACAGCGGGUGUUUCAUCUGUAGAUACAUUAAGUGUUACAUCAUUCACAAAAUCAAGUACUGGCCCUGAGCCAAUGUCAGCCUCAGUUAUUGCUACUGAAACUACAGCUCUAAAUUCUACAACACUUUUGCCAGAAACAUCUAGUAUGGCAGAAAUACAAACACCCACAGCUGUCACAUCUGAAACUACAUUUAUCAGUGUACCUACAAUGACAUCAAGCACAGUAACUAACACGGUGUCACAUUCAGGAGUUACUACAGAAACUGCAUCACUAAAUUCUAUGCCAUAUUUUUCAGAGACAUCUAGAAAUCCAGAGAUAAUGUCUAACAUGGCUACCACAUCUGAAAAUAGAUACAGCAGUCUAUCUCUCACAGAGCGAAGCACAGAAUAUAACCCACUGUUCAGUAAAUUCAUGACCUCUAAAACAGCAGCCUUGUCUUCCACAAUAUAUUCAUCAGAAACAUCUAGCAUAGCAGGAGCGGUGCCCCAAUCAAAUCCUUCAUCUGAAAUUACUUUAAUACACAAAGCUACUGCAGAAUCUAAUACUGUACCUUAUAGUGACCCAAGUUCAGGAAUGACUAUACAAAUUACAGCUCUAACUUCAUCAGCACUUCUGUCAGAACCAUCUACCAUUCCAGAGAUCAUUUCACAAUCACCUACCAUAUCUGAAAUGACAGUUAGCAGUACUUCUGACAUAGAAUCAAGCACAGAAUCCAGUAAACUGUCUACAUCUGCUAUUAUCACUGAGUCUAUUAAUCCAUAUUCUGAAAAACCUGCGUCAGAAACAUCAGGUGUAACAGAAACACCAACAGCACUGACUGCUACAUCAGAAAAUGCAUUUACUAGCACAUUGACUGCUGAAGCAAACACAUUACCUGUCUCACUGUCAGCCUCCUUCAUUUCUACAGAACCUACAAUACUAAAUACUAAACUAUCUAUGUCUGGAACAUCUAAUGUACCAGAUAAAGUUUCUCUAUCGUCUGUUACAUCUGAAGUUAUUAGCACAGUAUCUGUCACUGAAUCAAGCACAGUAUCUAACACAUUGACAGAGUCAGCCAUCACUACUGAAACCAUGGCAUCAAACACUAAAACAUCUGUGUCAGAAAUGUCUAAUGUACCUAAUAAAGUAUCUCUUUCAUUUGUUACAUCAGAAGUUAUUAGCACAGUAUCUGCACUGACAUCCUCAGACACUGCGACAGAAACUACAGUAAAUUCUAAAUCAUCCAAGUCAGAAAUGUCCAAAGUACCAGUUACAGGAUCUCCAUCAGCUGUUACGUCUGAAGUUAUUAGCACUGUACCUGUCACUGAAGUGACAAGAUCAGUGUCCAACACACUAUCAACCCUGGGCAUUGGUACAGAAUUUGCAGCAAUAAAUACUAAAACAAAUGUGUUAGAAUCAUCUAAUACACUAGAUAAAGGACCUCCAUCACCUGUUUCAUCUGCAGUUAUUAACACUGUAUCUGUCACUGCAUCAAACACAGUACCUAACACACUACCACUAUCAGCCAUCACUACGGAAACCAUGGCACCAAACACUAAAACAUCUGUGUCAGAAACAUCUAGUGUACCAGAAAAAGAAUCUCGAUCAGUUUUUAGCACUGUAUCUAUCACUGAAUCAAGUACAGUCUCCAACACCCUGUCAGACUUGGACACUGCUACAGAAACAACAGCACUAAAUACUAAAACAUCUGAUUCAGAAACAUCUAGUGUGCCACAUAAAAUUUCUCUACAAUCUGGUGUAUCUAAAAGUAUUAGCACUGCAUCUGUCACUGAACCAAGCAUGGUAUCUAACACACUAUCAACCUUAAAAAUUGCUACAGACAGCACAGCUCUAAGUAUCAAAACAUCUGGGUUAGGAAUGUCUAAUUCACCAGAUAAUGGAUUUCCAUCAGCUGUUACGUCUAAAGUCAUUGGCAGUGUGCCUGUCACUGAAUCAAAUACAGUAUCUAACACAAUGUCAGCUUCAGUCAUCACUAUGGAAACUAAAGCAUUAUAUUCAACAGCAGUUUUAUCAGAUAUAUUUAACACAAUCAAUGUACAAUCAGCAUCAUCUACUGCAUCUGAAACUGAAACUGGAACCAAAUUUGUGCCAGGAGCAAAGAGUGUGGCCAGUACAGGGUUAACCUCUGGAAUUAAUUCAGAAACUGCAGUACUAGGUUCUGCAGUGUCAGUCUCAAGAGUAUCUAAACUACCAGGAAUACAAUCAACACUAAUUGUUACAUCUGAAGCUACAUCCAUCAAUGCAUCAACCACAGAAUCAGGCACAGGAGCUAACACAAAGCCAACUUCACUCAUCACUGCAGAAACUACAGUAUCAAGUUCUGUUGCACCUUUAUCUGAAGCAUCUAAUACUCUCAAAAUACACUCUACAGCGGGUGUUUCAUCUGAAGAUACAUUAAGUGUGACAUCAUUCACAAAAUCAAGUACUGGAGCGGAACCAAUGUCAACCUCAGUUACUGGUACUGAAACUACAGCUCUAGAUUCUACAACACUUUUACCAGAAAAAUCAAGCAUGGCAGAAAUACAGACACCCAUAGCUGUCACAUCUGAAACUACAUUUAUCAGUGUAUCUACAAUGAAAUCAAGCACAGUAACUAACACGGUCUCACAUUCAGGAGUUACUACAGAAACUGCACCACUAAAUUCUAUGCCAUAUUUUUCUGAGAUAGCUAGAAAUCCAGAGAAAAUGUCUAACACGGCUACUACAUCUGAAAAUAGAUACAGCAGUCUAUCUCUCACAGAGCCAAGCACAGAAUUUAACCCACUGUCCAGUAAAUUCAUGACAUCUAAAACAGCAGCCUUAUCUUCUACAAUAUAUUCAUCAGAAACAUCUAGCAUAGCAGGGGCGGUGUCCCAAUCAAAUCCUUCAUCUGAAAUUACUUUAAUACACAAAGCUACUGCAGAAUCUAAUACUGUACCUUAUAGUGACCCAAGUUCAGGAAUGACUAUACAAGUUACAGCUCUACCUUCAUCAACACUUCUGUCAGAACCAUCUACCAUUCCAGAGAUCAUUUCACAAUCACCUACCAUAUCUGAAAUGACAGUUAGCAGUACUUCUGACAUAGAAUCAAGCACAGAAUCCAGUAAACUGUCUACAUCUGCAAUUAUCACUGAGUCUAUUAAUCCAUAUUCUGAAAAACCUGUGUCAGAAACAUCACAUGUAACAGAAACACCAACAGCACUGACUGCUACAUCAGAAAAUGCAUUUACUAGCACAUCGACUGCUGAAGCAAACACAUUACCUGUCUCACUGUCAGCCUCCUUCAUUUCUACAGAACCUACAAUACUAAAUACUAAACUAUCUGUGUCUGGAACAUAUAAUGUACCAGAUAAAGUAUCUCUAUCAUCUGUUACGUCUGAAGUUAUUAGCACAGUAUCUGUCACUGAAUCAAGCACAGUAUCUAACACAUUGACAGAGUCAGCCAUCACUAUUGAAACCAUGGCAUCAAACACUAAAACAUCUGUGUCAGAAAUGUCUAAUGUACCUAAUAAAGGAUCUCUUUCAUUUGUUACGUCAGAAGUUAUUAGCACAGUAUCUGCACUGACAUCCUCAGACACUGUGACAGAAACUACAGUAAAUUCUAAAUCAUCCAAGUCAGAAAUGUCCGAAGUACCAGUUACAGGAUCUCCAUCAGGAGUUACAACUGAAGUUAUUAGCACUGUACCUGUCACUGAAGUGACAAGAUCAGUGUCCAACACACUAUCAACCCUGGACAUUGGUACAGAAUUUGCAGCAAUAAAUACUAAAACAAAUGUGUUAGAAUCAUCUAAUACACUAGAUAAAGGACCUCCAUCACCUGUUUCAUCUGCAGUUAUUAACACUGUAUCUGUCACUGCAUCAAACACAGUACCUAACACACUACCACCAUCAGCCAUCACUAUGGAAACCAUGGCACCAAACACUAAAACAUCUGUGUCAGAAACAUCUAGUGUACCAGGAAACGAAUCUCGAUCAGUUUUUAGCACUGUAUCUCUCAUUGAAUCAAGUACAGUCUCCAACACGCUGUCAGUCUUGGACAAUGCUACAGAAACAACAACACUAAAUACUAAAACAUCUCUGUCAGAAACAUCUAGUGUGCCACAUAAAAUUUCUUUAUCAUCUGGUGCAUCUGAAAUUAUUAGCACUGCAUCUGUCACUGAACCAAGCAUGGUAUCUAACACACUAUCAACCUUAGAAAUUGCUACAGACAGCACAGCUCUAAAUAUCAAAACAUCUGUGUUAGGAAUGUCUAAUUCACCAGAUAAUAGAUUUCCAUCAGCUGUUACGUCUAAAGUUAUUGGCAGUGUACCUGUCACUGAAUCAAGCACAGUAUCUAACACACUGUCAGCUUCAGUCAUCACUAUGGAAACUAAAGCAUUAUAUUCAACAGCAGUUUUAUCAGAUAUAUCUAACACAAUCAAUGUACAAUCAGCAUCAUCUACUGCAUCUGAAACUGGUACCAAAUUUGUGCCAGGAGCAAAGAGUGUGGCCAGCACAGGGUUAACCUCUGGAAUUACUUCAGAAACUACAGCACUAAGUUCUGCAGUGUCAGUGUCAGGAGCAUCUGAACUACCAGGAAUACAAUCAACACUAACUGCUACAUCUGAAGCUACAUCAAUCAAUGCAUCAACCACAGAAUCAGGCACAGGAGCUAACACACAGCCAGGUUCACUCAUCACUGCAGAAACUACAGAAUCAAAUUCUGUUGCACCUUUAUCUGAAGCAUCUAACACUCUCAAAAUAUAUUUUACAGCGAGUGUUUCAUCAGAAGAUACAUUAAGUGUUGCAUCAUUCACAAAAUCAAGUCCUGGACCUGAGCCAAUGUCAACCUCAGUUAUUGCUACAGAAACUACAGCUCUAAAUUCUACAACACUUUUGCCAGAAACAUCUAGUAUGGUAGAAAUACAAACACCCACAGCUGUCACAUCUGAAACUACAUUUAUCAGUGUACCUACAAUGACAUCAAGCACAGUAACUAACACGGUGUCACAUUCAGGAGUUACUACAGAAACUGCAUCACUAAAUUCUAUGCCAUAUUUUUCAGAGACAUCUAGAAAUCCAGAGAUAAUGUCUAACAUGGCUACCACAUCUGAAAAUAGAUACAGCAGUCUAUCUCUCACAGAGCCAAGCACAGAAUUUAACCCACUGUCCAGUAAAUUCAUGACCUCUAAAACAGCAGCCUUGUCUUCCACAAUAUAUUCAUCAGAAACAUCUAGCAUAGCAGGGGUGGUGUCCCAAUCAAAUCCUUCAUCUGAAAUUACUUUAAUACACAAAGCUACUGCAGAAUCUAAUACUGUACCUUAUAGUGACCCAAGUUCAGGAAUGACUAUACAGGUUACAGCUCUACCUUCAUCAAUACUUCUGUCAGAACCUUCUACCAUUCCAGAGAUCAUUUCACAAUCACCUACCAUAUCUGAAAUGACAGUUAGCAGUACUUCUGACAUAGAAUCAAGCACAGAAUCCAGUAAACUGUCUACAUCUGCAAUUAUCACUGAGUCUAUUAAUCCAUAUUCUGAAAAACCUGUGUCAGAAACAUCAGGUGUAACAGAAACACUAACAGCACAGAUGGCUACAUCAGAAAAUGCAUUUACUAGCACAUCGACUGCUGAAGCAAACACAUUACCUGUCUCACUGUCAGCCUCCUUCAUUUCUACAGAACCUACAAUACUAAACACUAAACUAUCUGUGUCUGGAACAUAUAAUGUACCAGAUAAAGUAUCUCUAUCAUCUGUUACGUCUGAAGUUAUUAGCACAGUAUCUGUCACUGAAUCAAGCACAGUAUCUAACACAUUGACAGAGUCAGCCAUCACUAUUGAAACCAUGGCAUCAAACACUAAAACAUCUGUGUCAGAAAUGUCUACUCUACCUAAUAAAGGUUCCCUUUCAUUUGUUACAUCAGAAGUUAUUAGUACAGUAUCUGGACUGUCAUCCUCAGACACUGUAACAGAAACUACAGUAAAUUCUACAACAUCCAAGUCAGAAUUGUCUGAAGUACCAGUUACAGGAUCUCCAUCAGGUGUUACGUCUGAAGUUAUUGGCACUGUACCUGUCACUGAAGUGACAAGAUCAGUGUCCAGCACACUAUCAACCCUGGGCAUUGGUACAGAAUUUGCAGCAAUAAAUACUAAAACAACUGUGUUAGAAUCAUCUAAUACACUAGAUAAAGGACCUCCAUCACCUGUUUCAUCUGCAGUUAUUAGCACUGUAUCUGUCACUGAAUUAAGUACAGAAUCUAACAUACCCUUAAUUUUAACUAUUGCUACUGAAACCACAUCACCACAUUCAACAGCAGUUGUGUCAGAAACAUCUAACGUAAACAAUAUGCAAUCAACAUUAUCUACUGUAUCUGAAACUGUAAAUGGCACCAAACCUGUCACGCAAACAGACAAUGCCCCUAACAUGUUGUCAACCUCAAUUAUUAUUUCAGAAACUGUAAUAGUAAGCUCUACAGUAUUAGUGUCAGAAACAUCUACAGAACCACAGGUAUAUCCAGGUGCAACUGCUACAUCUGAAAUUAUAUUUAACAAUGGGUCAGCCAAAGAACUGACCACAAUAUCUGACACACAGUCAACUUCACUCAUCACUUCCAAAACUACCAUGUCAAAUUCUCUUGCAUUCUCAUUUGAAACAUCUAGCUCUGCAGUAGUACAGUCUACAAAGUCUGUUUCAAAUAAUUUUGGUCAUGAGUCUUUCUCAACAAUGGGCCUUACUACUGAAACUGAUUCUGUAACAUUUUUGCCAGAAACAUCCAGUGUAGCAGAGAUAAAUUCACCUAUAGCUGUAACAUCUGGAAUUACAUUAACCAGUGUAACAACCAUGGAAACAAGCACAAUUCCAAAUCAAUCAUCUGCAUUAAUCAUCAGUAUGGAAACUAAUUUUGCCUCGUCUGUUCCAGAGACAUCAAGCACACCAGCAAUGCAGUUGUCAUCAGGUCCUACAUCUAAAUAUGGCUUCACAUCACAGUUAAGCACACAGUAUAAUAGGCAGACAAAUGUAGGCUUUAUUACGGAAACAACAGAAGUAUCUAGAAAUCCAGAGAUAUUGUCAAACUCUUUUUCAUCAGAAACAGCAUUUAGUAGUACAUCUUUCACAGAGCCAAAUACAGUGCCUAACUUACUGUCUGACAAAGUAACCACACUUGAACCAACAGCCUUACCUUCUGCAGAUUAUACGUCACAAAUAUCUAAGAUACCAGAUGAAAAACCUACACUGAAUGUUUUAUUACAAUCUACAUUAACGCAUACAUCUACAAGAGGAUCAGACAUGUUACCUGUGUCACUCUCAUCUUCCAGCAUUGCCAGAGAAACUCCAAUCAUAAAUCCCACACUGUAUUUGAUAGAAACAUCUAGCAUACCAGAGUUAUUCUCACCAUCAGCUACUACAUUUGAAACUAUAUAUAGCAGUUUUCCAACCACAGAAUCAAACAGUGUAUCUAACACAAACUCAGUCUCAAGCAUUACUUCAGAGACUACACAACUGUAUUCCAUUGUAUCUAUACCAGAAACAUCUAACAUACCAGAUAUCCAGUCCACACCUGCAGUUACACCUGAGACUACUUUCAUCACUGCAUCUAACACAGAAUCAAGCAUAAUGUAUAACACACAGUUAACCUCAGUCAUCACAGCACAAGAUACACCAUCGGUUUCUACUGUACUUUUGCCAGAAACAUCUAGCAUUUCAGAGAUCUUGCUCAAAUCAUCUACUAUAUCUGAAGGUGCAUUUAGCAGUGUUUCUGUCACAGAAUCCAGCACAGUAUCUAAUAUGCUCACAGGCUCAGUUAUCAUUCCAGAAACUAUGAAACAAACGUCAACAUCAUCUGUGUCAGAACCAUCUAGUAUACCAGAGGGACAAAGCCCAUCAGCUCCUGUAUCUGAAACUGCAUUCAUCAACACACAACCUAGAACAACACCUAAGUCAUUGUCAUCUUCAGGCAUCAUCACAGAAACUGCAACAUUUCAUUCUGCAGUACAUUUAUCAGAAACUUCUUUUAUGUCAGGUACUCUGUCUGCAUCUAGUUUUAUUUCAGAAACUACACCAAAUGUUACAUUGACCUCAGAAACAAACACCCUGCCUAAGUCAAUUUCUACCACAAGUAUUACUAAUGAAACUGCACCUGCAAAUUCUGCAGAAACAUUGGGAACUACAAAAAUUAAUUCUGAAACUACUUUUAUCAGUACAUCUGCAAUGAAAUCUAACACAGUAUCUAAUAAACUGUCACAUUCAGGUGUUGCCAUAGAAACCACAGCACUAAAUUCUGUACCAUUUUUUUCAGAGACAUCCAGAAGUCCAGAAGUACUGUCAAACUCAGCUACCACAUCUGAAAAUAAAUUCAGCAGUCCAUCUGCAACAGAGCCAAGCACAGAGUUUAACUUACUGUCCAGUAAAUUCAUGACAUCUAAAACAACAGCCUUACCUUCCACAGUAUACUUGCCAGAAACACCUAGCAUAGCAGGGAUGGUGUCCCAAUCAAAUCCUUCAUCUGAAAUUACAUUUAUAAACAAUGUUACUACAAAAUCUAACACUGUACCUUAUAGAGAGACAAGUUCAGGGAUGACUAUACAAAUUACAGCUCUACCUUCAUCAACACUUCUGUCAGAACCAUCUACCAUUCCAGAGAUCAUUUCACAAUCAUUUACUGUAUCUGAAAUGACAGCUAGCAGUACUUCUGGCAUAGAAUCAAACACAAAAUCCAGUAUACUCUCAUUAUCUGCUAUUACUACUGAAUCUGCUACUCCAUAUUCUGAAAAACCUGCGUCAGAAACAUCAGGUGUAACAGAAACACUAACAGCACUGACUGCUACAUCAGAAAAUGUAUUUAAUAGCAUAUCAACUGCUGAAGCAAACAGUGUGUCAGGAACAUCUAAUGUGCUAGAUAAAAUGUCUCUAUCAGCUGUCAUAUCUGAAAUUAUUAGCACUGGAUCCAUCACAGAAUCAAGCACAGUGUCUAACACACUGUCACCAUCAGACAUUGUGACAGAAACAACACUAAAUUCUAAAACAUCUGUGUCAGAAACAUCUAAUUUAUUAGCUAAAGGAUCUUCAACAAGCGCAGCAUCUAACAUACCAUCAGCUUCAGACAUCACUACAGAAAAGAGAGCACUACAUUCAACAGUAAUUAUGUCAGAAACAUCUAAUGUACCCCAUCUCAAUUCAACAACAGCAGUUUCAUCUGAAAAUGACUUUGUCAGUACAUCUGUCACAGAAACAGGUAUUACCUCAGAAACUAUAGCACUAAGUUCUGCAGUAUCAGUGUCAGAACCAUCUAAGUUACCACAGAUACAGUUGACAACUGAUACAUCUGUGGCUACAUUCUUUAAUACAUCACUCUUAGAAUCAAGCACAUUAACAAACCCACAGUCAACUUCACACAUUACCCUAGAAACUGCAGUAUCAAGUUCUGCUGCAUUUUUAACUGAGUCUUAUAGCACUCCAAAGAAACAGUUCACAAUAGCUGCUGCUUCUGAAAAUACAUUAAAUGUUACAUCCUCCACAGAAUCAGGUACUAGACCUGAGUCACUAUCAACAUUGGGCCUUACCACUGAAACUACAACUCUAAAGUCUGCAACAUUUUUGCCAGAAACAUCUAGUAUAGCAGAGAUUAAGUCACAUGCAGCUGUCACAUCUGAAAUUACAAGUGUAACAAUCAUGGAUACAAGCACUGUUCCAAAUGCAUCAUCUCCCUUUAUCAUCAGUUUAGAAACAAAUUCUACCACAUCUGUACCAGAGACAUCAAACAUGCCAGAGAUCCAGUCAUCGUCAGUUUCAACAUCUAAAUAUGCAUUCACAUCACAGUUAAGCACACAAUAUAACAACCAGACAAAUUCAGGCUUUGUUGCAGAAACAUCUCUGAAUUCUGCAGUGUUUUCAUCAGAAACAUCUAGAAGUUCAGAGAUGCUAUCAAACUCUUACUGUGUCUACCUUACUACCCAGCAAAGUCACCACAACUGA